AAUUUCUCAUGUACAUUGUACAAGCACUUCAUGCAUUCAAAAGAAAGCAACUGUUCUCGAUCUUCUUUCUCCUUUCUUCAACCUUUACCCGUUCUCUCCAAAUAUAUAAUACAUCCAUCUCUACACUUUUAUAUAUAACACUUUACCAAUUUUCUCCUCCAUUCCAGGGUUUUUAAGGCUGAUUGAGCAAAUUUGAGAAAUUUGGAGGAGUAUUUAAGGAAUGGAAGCAUCAUCAUCAUCGCCGGAGUUUGAUUACUUGUUCAAGCUGUUGUUGAUAGGAGAUUCAGGUGUAGGGAAGAGUAGUUUGCUCCUCAGUUUCACUUCUGAUGCCUUUGAGGAUCUUUCUCCAACCAUUGGUGUGGACUUCAAGGUAAAACAUGUUACCCUUGGGGGGAAGAAGUUGAAGCUUGCAAUAUGGGAUACAGCUGGACAGGAAAGAUUUAGGACUUUAACUAGUUCAUACUACCGAGGAGCUCAAGGAAUAAUCAUGGUUUAUGAUGUAACAAGGCGAGACACAUUUACUAAUUUAUCUGAUAUAUGGGCCAAAGAAAUUGACCUAUACUCAACAAAUCAAGACUGCAUCAAGAUGCUUGUUGGCAACAAAGUUGAUAAGGAGAGUGAAAGGGUUGUCAGCAAAAAAGAGGGAAUUGAUUUUGCCAGGCAAUAUGGAUGUCUUUUUAUUGAAUGUAGUGCAAAGACAAGGGUUAAUGUGGAACAAUGCUUUGAGGAGCUUGUGCUUAAGAUAGUGGACACUCCAAGUCUCUUGGCUGAAGGUUCAGCUGGUGUCAGGAAAAAUAUAUUUAAACAGAAACCUCCAGAAACUGAUGCAUCAACAAGUGGCUGCUGUUGA